CGCCUACCUUCCCUGUCAAUCUCAACCGGAAAACUAGCGGUAUCACUGUAUUACAUUAUCCAUCUGGUCUACUCUCGGAAAAGUGGGCAAUUCUCGGGAAAUCAACAUGAAACGUCAUGGGUUUUUGUUCCAUUUGACAUUUAUUACCGCUUGUGUCCUUAUCGCUGCCAUCUGCUCAGUGAAAGGGGAUUACUGUGAAGUGAAUCUCUGCCAUAACGGAGGGACGUGUGUGACCGGGGUGGGGGAGGACCCAUUCAUCUGUAUCUGUGCUGAUGCUUUUACUGGAGACACCUGCCACCUCAAUGAGACUGGUCCCUGCAUUCCCAACCCCUGCAGGAAUGAUGGGUCGUGUGAGGUCAUCACUCCGACCAGACGAGGAGACAUGUUCAGCGAAUACGUGUGUAAAUGCCAGCCUGGCUUCGAGGGCGUGCACUGCCAGAUCAAUGUGAAUGACUGUGAGAACCAGCCAUGUAAGAACGGCGGGAUGUGUCGAGAUCUGGAUGGUGACUACACCUGCCUGUGCCCUUCACCCUACGUUGGGAAGCAAUGCCAGCUCCGUUGUAUCUCUCUGAUGGGGAUGGAGGGAGGAGAAAUCGUAGAGUCUCAGAUCUCGGCCUCCUCUGUGCACUAUGGCAUUAUGGGUCUUCAGCGCUGGGGUCCAGAACUGGCCCGGCUCAACAACCAGGGCAUGGUCAACGCCUGGACCGCCGCCAACCACGACAAGAACCCCUGGAUGGAGAUCAACAUGCAAAAGAAGAUGCGCCUAACUGGCAUCAUCACCCAGGGUGCCAGUCGAAUGGGCAUAGCUGAGUACAUUAAAGUCUUUAAAGUGUCUUCCAGCUUUGACGGUAAGACCUACACUCCCUACAGACCAGAGGGACAGCGGAAGGACAAGGUGUUUGUGGGUAACAUUGAUAAUGACAGCACCAAGACCAACCUGUUUGACCCUCCCAUCGUGGCCCAGUUCAUCCGCGUCAUUCCCGUGGUGUGUCGCAAGGCCUGCACCCUACGUAUGGAGCUGGUGGGCUGUGAGCUCAAUGUGUAUUCCAACACGACAGGUUGCUCUGAGCCGAUGGGCAUGAAGUCCCGCCUCGUCUCUGACGGACAGCUCUCGGCGUCCAGUGCCUUCCGCACCUGGGGCAUUGAUGCCUUCACCUGGCACCCACAGUUCGCCCGGCUAGACAAACAGGGCAAGACCAACGCCUGGUCCCCAGCCACUAACAACCGCUCAGAGUGGCUACAGGUGGACCUGGAGAAGACCAAGCGUCUGACAGGCAUCAUCACCCAGGGGGCUAAGGACUUUGGGGUGGUGCAGUUUGUGUCCGCCUUCAAAGUGGCCUACAGCGACGACGGACAUGCCUGGAACCUGGUGAAGGAUGAGAACACUAACACAGAGAAGAUUUUCCAAGGCAACAUUGACAACAACAUGCAUAAGAAGAACCUGUUUGAGCCUUCGUUCUACGCCCGCUAUGUGCGCGUUGUGCCCUGGGAGUGGCACGAGCGCAUCACCCUGCGCAUGGAGCUGCUGGGCUGUGACUACUAGAACUACAUUACCCAUAAUCCACCAGUGCUCCACAAAGCCCUCCACCCAGUCUCCAUACCGUACCUGUCCACACGUGACCGACACUGGAAUCAGUCACACCUUCCUCUGCACCAGGACAUAGAAAUCGAAUGUAUAGAAUGUACAUGGAUCUCUUAUCAUGUGGAUUGGAGAACUGUGUCAGGUUCUAAAUUUCAUUUCUAUAUGCAACGUUCCAGAACUUUGCAUCAAUAGAAUAUGCUCCAGAUUCUCUGCUCUCCAUCUUGUAUUUCUACAAAUAUUUUUCUGAUUUCAGGGACUUAGCAGCAGAUUUAGCCAGGUGUUUUUUUUUUAAGUGCAUAUUAUUCUCUAGCUAAAACGGAUCAAUUCCCAUUGGUUUUUGAUCCUUUCCACAGUGACGGUGGCACAGUGUCAAUUCUAAUUAUAUGGGCGCUCACAUUCUCUCCAUAGAAUUAGGGUUCGUCUGAAAUGUCCGCCUAUUCCCUAUAUAGUGCACUAUUUUUGAGCUAUUGGCAGUACAUGGGCUAUGGUCAAAAGUAGCACACUAUAGGGAACAUGUCGGGUCACCCUUCCCCCAGCGCUGCCAGUUCCAACACGUUCCAAACACUCACAGUUCUGUGUGAUGUCACUUUGCCAGCCGACCUAGCAGCUGCUUGUCCCGCCGUGCUCUCUGACAUUAUGUAUCCAGGGUGAGAGCCUUCUAUUUACAGCAGUGGUAUUCAAUGUCAGGGUCGCCAAAUAAAAAUACAAUCCCUAUCCCAGUCGGAACGGACUUAUCCUAGUUGGCGGCAACCUAAAAUAUUAAGAGUAGCCAACAGAUUAUUGUAUGGAACAAUAUACAAACGCUUUUGAGAAAGAUUAUUUGUAAAUGUAUUUAUUCGUUCUCUUAAUUUUGAUAAGAGAGAUGAAAGGGCAAUGAAUUUAAGGUUAUUUGUUGAUGUAAAAAUCGAAGGUUGUGUCGUUAGAUUUGGGUUGGGGUCAUCAGAAAUUCUGCCAAAAGAAUGGGGUCCCUGCUGGAAAAGUUUGAAUACCACUGAUUUAACACAGGAGGUUGGUGGCACCUUAAUUGGGGAGGACGGGCUCGUAGUAAUGG